GCAUUUAAGUAGAAUCGUGUAAUAGCAAUUAUAAUCUCAAACAAUUUAUUUACUUUAUUUAUUGUAGGCUGCUAUUGUGUACUACAGUAGCAGUUCCAGGAAGUAAAAUAAUACGGCUUAAAUAGAUUUUCGGUUCUGUUCUGUCUGGGGCUCCAGUCAGAGGCGGAGUUGUAGUGAAUACGAUUAUUGUGAGCAAAACAACUUUUUUUUUCAAAUUCUUUCUCGUGUCACUGAACUCAGCCCGCCUUAAGAAACUGGGAGAACAAGAAAUCAAUGAGGGGGUGACGGAAACCCCAAAGACAGCUCCCUUAAAGGGCCGUGACAAGAGGAAAGACUUCGCUUCAGAACAACAGUAGUUUUCAAUGAGUUUUUCCCUCUAGUUUAAAUGAGUUUCUCGUGUUUAAAAUGCGCUUUGCCACCACACUGGCCUGUCUCACCUUGGCGGUGUCUUCGCUGCUGCUGGAAGGUCACAUUUCGUGUAAGAUGGUAGCUCAAAAUGCCUGGACAGGUCCUGCUGAGAGACACUGCCCCCUAAUUCUGACCUCAUUGCCAACUAAAGACACUAUGGACAACUACUCUGAAUAUGUCACUCUUCAUGUCUGGAUAAAAGCUGAUGACUUUUCUAAAAGACCAAAGAUUGAAAUUAAUUCAAGAGGAUAUAAAGAGAUCCUUGUGCCAACUCUCAAAACGACAGGGAACAGGAAAAAGAAAUCCAAGAAAAUCCAAGUUAGGUGUGAUGGGGGCUUCCCACAACAUUCACUGCAUAGCAACACCAGUUUGGGCUUGUGGAACUUAGUAUAUUAUUUUUCUAAAGCUCGUUCAUGGAGUAUUUUCUCUGUGACCUACAACACAACAUCAACAAGCUGCAAUGUCAUUUACACAGUACCAGACCCCCGACCUGACUUCAGUCUGUCUGUGAAUAAGUCGUCUAAAACCAUCACCGUCUCUGUGGAUUCUGAAGACAUAGUAAAUGUCAGAUUGUGUUAUAAACAACAUCCCUCAUUCUGCAAAGGGCUACCACAACAAGGGCUGCAAGUUACUAAAUCGGCUCUUCUAAACAUUACUUACCUGCUGCCCUGUGUGUGUGUGGAGGUAUAUUACACCCACAGAGAUGCAAGGCGACAUAAACAAUGUCCAUUUCAGGACAGAGGCCUUACAGAUGCCAGAGAUAUUCUGCGAUCCUCUAAAGUCACACUGUUCAACUCAUACCUCGAGUGGAAAUCCAAGUGUCCUGCCAGCAGCCUGAACAUCUCUGCCUCCCUCUGCUGGAAGCAACAUGAACACCUCUGCAUACCUGUGCUCAACUCCACACUGGAGAGGGAAAAUGGAUCCAACCUGAAAUUUAACACAUCCGCAGUAGACGAACACCCUCAGAUGUGCGUGCAGUUUUCUACGCAAGGCUUCCGUAAUGUCUCUUGUCUCUUCAAGGAAGAUGGGAAACAUAAAUCUUGGGAGGCAUAUAUUGAACCAGGCAUGAAGAGCAUUUUAGUACAUCUCACAUCUUCUUCCGUGGCAACGUUCUCAGCUCAGCUCUGUAUCCUCACUGAGUGGGAAUGUACACCUACUGGGCCAAUCCACUCUGUAACAACGGAGGUGGAUGCUAGUGAGAAAAAUAUAAAUGUGCCGGUUCAUGUUCUCAGCAAGAAGCCAUGUGUGCAGGUGUGGCAGUCAAAACCUGCUCUUAAAGGAAGAAGAAUUAUGUGCCCGGACUUCACGCAUAACAGAUGGGGGCUGUGUGCAGUAGCAGUUUUCAUCUUUGCGACUAUUGUCACGGUUUUUGGACUCAGCAUCCAUCAUGUCACCAAGAGAGGAGCUGAAGGCUGGCUGACUAUCCAGAAGCCAUUGUUGCUGGUGUGUUCCUCAGAUGAGUCGACUCAUGUCACUGCUACAAGUGCCUUGGCCUCCCUACUUCAGGGGGAGCUUGGUGCAACGGUGCACACAGCUCUGUGGGCUCAAAACUCACAAAGGCAGGCUGGGGGUGGGGCUGGUGUGGCAGAUCUGGGUCCACUUCCCUGGCUUUAUGGGCAGUGGGAAGCUGUCUGUAAGGCACAUGGAAAAGUACUGAUUAUUUGGAGCCCUGAAGCCAAGAGGACCUAUGAGAAGUGUCAGGUGGUGAGGGCAAAAAUGGGAAAAAAUGAAAGAAAUAAAGACAAUUUCAGAAAAGCCAGCUUGAAACGUGAGAAAGUGCAAUUAAAGAAGGAAGAGGAUUCAGUAACAAAUGGAAGAAGAGAGGGAAAAUGCAAAGAAAAGGACAUUUUUGUUAAAUCUUGUGAUGAAAAAGACAGGUACUCACGAAAGGAGCACACUGGAGUGAUAGAGCCUGUGUUUAUGGCGGCUGUAGCCUCUCUAGAAGUGUCACUGCAGGAGUGCAAAGGUCAAGGAGUUGCCAUUGUCUAUUUCCAGGGCUUUUGCCAAAGCAGGGACAUCCCAAAAUCCCUCAGAAGUGCCCCACGAUACUGUUUACCCCAGGAUUUGUGUGGUUUGAUACAGGAGCUUGGAGAGGUAAGAAAAGGGGCAAAAACAGCAGAGUUUAGUUGGCAGUGUUGGUCCAGACUCCUGUCUAAAGUGCUGUCAAUAUGGCUGGCACGCCAGUUAGCACGAAGGCUGCAAACAUUGCUACCUCAGAUGCAAACACAACACCUAUCAAGUAUUACAUCAUCAAAGAAGAUGACAUCAGAUCAGACACAAAGCAGACUAAAGUCACUGCAGACGGCCAGGUCGGGAACCGAGGAGCAAGAGCUUCUCCAGGGGUCACCAUGGAGAACAGAGAAGCUUUAAUCUCAAGUUUCACAGACUAGACUUUUGUUCUACUGGAACAUGAUCCCCAAGACAUGAGAGCUUGUGUUCCACUGUUGAGAAUUUCAGGGACUCAUACCCAUUGGGGGGUAUUCAUUACUCGCUACCACUUGUUUUGCAUGUCAAGAAGACGUAAACAUUCUGUACUGACUGCUGCAUUUGUGCUCAAACAAAAGCUUCCUUGUGUUAGGUUUUGUGACUGAAGCCACAGCAAACACCUGUUAUAUGUAUGUAAAUAUCCUAACCAUUAUGAAAAUCUUUUUGCAAAUGAUAUUUCACUUUCUUUGUACAUACAUUUGAUGUUUUCAAAUGGUGUGACAGCACAGGUGACAAUUUGUAUGACCACUGUUUAUAGAAGGACAUAUAUUUGCAUAGGAUUGUCCAAGAAUAGACAUAGAGUCUGGCAUGUAAAAUGAGGAGAUGUGCUCAGUGGAAGCUAAUUGUGGCAAUAUGUUCAAAACUUUUAGGUCAUGACUGACUAAUAAUUAUAUAUGUCUAUAUGUUUACAGUCCUGCUGAAUACACUUGGACUCAUGUUCUACUUCCUGUAUUCAAAUUCAAAGUAUAAAUCAAUGUUUUUUUGUUGUUGUUGUUUUUUUUUUGUUUUUUGUUUUUUC